AUGGCCUCCACGGGCUACCACCGGCGUUUGAUUAAAUGCGCAAUGUUGAUAGCAGCAGCUCUUGUUGCUCAAGCCAAUGCCAUUCACAUUUAUCUAGAAUGGAAUGUCACCCUUGACAGCACAAUCAAGCCUGUGUCCCAAGAUCAACCUGUGAUCGCCAUUAAUGGAUUGUUCCCCGGACCACUUAUCAACACCACGACGAAUGAUUUUGUUCAUGUCAACGUCUUCAACAACAUGGAUGAGCCUCUGCUCUUUACUUGGAAUGGGAUACAGCAAAGGCUAAAUUCAUGGCAAGAUGGGGUUUCCGGAACAAACUGCCCGAUUCAACCCGGUACAAACUGGACUUAUGUCUUCCAGACCAAAGACCAGAUUGGCAGCUUCUUCUACUUCCCUUCCAUCAACUUCCACAAGGCUGCUGGAGGAUUUGGACCUAUUCGUGUCAUCAACCGCGACGUCAUUGCCGUCCCCUUCCCCAAACCAGAAGCUGAAUUUGAUCUCCUUAUCGGCGACUGGUUUUAUGACAGCUACAAGAGUACUAGAGCAAUGAUGUGCACCCAUCUUGGGGCUUACUACACUAUCCCAGAUAUCAUUUUGAUGAAUGGCAAAGGUCCUCUGGGUAACCCCAUGUCAAAAGCAUAUGAAUCCUUCAAUGUCACACAAGGGAAGACUUACAGGUUGAGAAUAUCAAAUGUGGGGAAUGCAUUGAGUUUCAAUUUCAGGAUUCAGAACCAUCAGAUGGUGUUGGUUGAAACAGAAGGAUCUUACACUGAUCAGAUUGCUUUGGAUUCUCUAGAUGUGCAUGUUGGCCAAUCAUACUCAGUUCUUGUCACAGCAAAUCAAAAUGAUGCUGAUUAUUACAUGGUGGCAUCUCCCAAGUUGAUCAACGCCUCUGAUUUUACCAGCCUUGUGGGCAUAGGGGUCUUACACUACUCCAAUUCAAUCUCACAAGUUAGUGGGCCCCUGCCAGUUGGGCCUGACCCUUUUGAUCUUCAUUUUUCAGUCAAUCAAGCCAAAUCUAUUAGGUGGAACUUGACUGCAGGAGCUGCAAGGCCUAACCCACAAGGGACAUUCAAUGUGUCAAACGUGACCCUAUCCCAAACCUUCAUCCUCCAAAGCUCAAUUGCUGACCUUUAUGACCAAAUACCACGUUAUGUUGUCAACAAUGUGACCUAUAGCACUCCAGAAACCCCAUUGAAGCUCGCGGAUUACUAUGUCAAUGGCACCGGCGUGUACCAGCUUGACGCUUUCCCUGUUCAAUCUGUCAAUGCCAAUGCUUCGUGUGGAGUGUCUGUGGUGACUGGAAUCCACAAAGGGUGGAUAGAAAUUGUGUUAAAAAACAAUUUGGAUGCGAUGGAUUCCUGGCAUUUGGAUGGUUUCGGAUUUUAUGUUGUGGGAUUCGGGAUUGGAGAUUGGACAGCGAAAUCACGUGACACGUACAACCUCUUUGACCCUGUGGUGAGAUCAACAGUUCAAGUGUACCCUGGAGGAUGGAGUGCAGUGUAUGCAUUCCUUGACAACCCAGGAAUGUGGAACUUGAGGUCACAAUUGCUGAAGCACUGGUACCUAGGACAAGAACUCUAUGUGAGAGUUCAUGAUCCUGAUCCUAACCCAUCUAAGGAGCGCCCACCACCUGAAAACCUCCUUCUAUGUGGAAUGUUUUCCGAUUCUCCUCCUCCAGCUCCGGCUCCGGUUCCGGCUCCACCGAUUUGCAAGCAUACAGAGAAACUUAGUCCAUGCAAUAUGGCAUGGCCCAGUGGUGAUCGUUGUCGUCGUCCAUGGCUGAUUGGUCCUGCAACUCUUCUUAUGUUCCUUGUGUUGGCAGUUUCUGCUGAGGAUAUUUUUCUUGACUGGCAUGUCACACUUGACACAAAUAUCAAACCGGACCAACCGGUUAUUGCCAUCAAUGGGCUGUUUCCAGGACCUCUUCUGAAUGGCACAACCGAUGAUGUUUUUCAUGUCAAUGUGUUUAAUGAAAUGGAUGAACCCUUGCUGAUAACUUGGAAUGGCAUACAACAAAGACUGAACUCUUGGCAAGAUGGAGUUUCAGGCACAAACUGCCCCAUUCUGCCAGGUGAAAACUGGAGUUAUAUGUUCCAAUUCAAAGAUCAAAUUGGCACUUUUUCCUACUUUCCCUCUCUCAGCUUCCACAAAGCUGGAGGAGCUUUUGGUCCAAUUCGUAUCAAUAACCGCCCGGUCAUCCAAGUACCAUUUCCUAAACCAGAAGCCGAAUUCGAUCUUCUCAUUGGUGACUGGUAUGACAGAAGUUUCAAGGAUGUUAGGUCCAUGAUGAGCACAAGUCUCAUGGCCUACAACAGCACCCCUGAUAAAAUCUUGAUGAAUGGAAAAGCUGCAUAUUCGGCCCCUCCUACAGAAGCCCAUGAGUCCUUCACAGUUGCAAAAGGCAAGACCUACAGAAUUAGGAUAUCAAAUGUUGGGACUGCAUGGAGUUUCAAUUUCAGGAUUCAAAAACACAAAAUGGUUUUGGUUGAGACAGAAGGUUCCUACACAAAUAAAAUCACAUUGGAUUCUCUUGAUGUGCAUGUUGGGCAGUCCUACUCUGUUCUUGUCACAGCUGACCAAAAUGCUUCAGACUAUUACAUGGUGGCAAGCCCUAAAAUGUUCAAUGCAAGUGAUGUGACAAGAUUUGGCAUUGGUGUGCUGCACUAUGAUAGGUCCACCACACCUCCUAAUGGGUCUCUUCCGAAGGGGCCUGACCCAUUUGAUCAAAAAUUCUCCAUCCAUCAGGCCCAAUCCAUUAGAUGGAACCUGACCACAGGGGCUGCAAGGCCUAAUCCGCAAGGAGCCUUCAAUGUUCAUAAUGUCACACUCUCACAGACCUUCAUACUCCAAGCAUCUACAGCAGAGAUUAAUGGCCUACCCCAGUUUACUGUCAACAAUGUGUCUUACUUAGCCCCAGACACACCACUAAAGUUGGCUGAUCAAUUUCUCAACGGGUCUGGAGUAUACAAGCUCGAUGAAUUUUCUACUAACUCUAGUAAUUUUGAAACCGUACGUGGAGUUUUCGUUGCAUCUGGGAAGCAUAAAGGGUGGAUAGAACUUGUUUUCCAUAAUGAUUUGGAGGGCAUGGAUGCUUGGCACUUGGAUGGCUUUGGUUUCUAUGUUGUUGGAUUUGGAACUGGAAAGUGGAGCCCUAAAUCGCGCUCUAAGUACAACCUUUAUGAUCCGGUUGUGCGUUCUACCGUGCAAGUGUACCCCGGUGGAUGGACUGCAGUUUAUGCAUACCUUGACAACCCAGGAAUGUGGAAUUUGAGGUCACAGCACUUGAAAAAUUGGUAUUUGGGAGAGGAGCUUUAUUUGAGAGUUUAUGAUGCUGAUCCCAACCCUGCCAAGGAGAAGCGUGCUCCCAAUAACCUCCUUCUAUGUGGAGAGUUUGCUCCUUUCCCCCCGCCCGCUCCACUUGUGCCUCCUCCUCCACCUCAACCUUCUCCACCUGCACCUGGGCCAUCAAGUGCACAUUCUUUGCAGACAGCAGCAGGGUUUCACAUUGCCAUCAUCUGCAUUGUUGCAACAUUCUUUCAGAUAUCUAGAAGUUCAUCCCAUUUUUUAUGA